CGAAACAGCUUCACAAUUCUAAUGGAAAAUGCACGCCGAACUCAAAUAUAUUUUCCAACUUUCCUACAAUCAGAAAAAGCGAAUCGCAAGCAAAAAUUACGUAGCGAUAUUAUUGAUUGGAUUCAACGCCAUGCCGGAGGAUGGUCUACUUAG